AUGGAAAACCUGCUCUGCGCCUCGUCCGUCGUCAAAAAAAGCCCACAAGCGGGCGAGGGGCGAGAUCGGGCCCUCGCCAAGCUGCCCGGAGCCUGUGACCCGCGACUCCAGGAACGAGCUCCCAGCCUCCCCCACCGCCUCCGCUGCCGCAAUGACGCCUGCCGCUGCCACGUGCCCGACAGCGCCGGCGGCCCCGGCCCCGGCCCCGGCCCCCUGCGCACGGAGGUGGAGGCCUGCUAUCGGCUGCGGAUGCCCGAGGACUUCUUCCACUUCUGGGACUUCUGCCAGGAGCUGGAUCCUGAUGCGCCCGCGGAAGCACUUGUAUCAAGUGUUGGACUUAAGCUGGUGGGGCCUUAUGAUAUACUUGCUGGAAAACACAAAAAAGCAAAAAAAUCAACAGAGUUGAACUUCAACCUUCACUGGAGGUUUUUUUACGACCCUCCUGAAUUCCAGACUAUAAUUGUUGGAGAUAGCAAAACACAGUAUCACAUGGGAUAUUUCAGGGAUAUGCCAGAUGAACUUCCAGUAUGGGUUGGUGUAAAUGAAGCUAAGAAAAGCUGUGUGAUUUCUCAAGUUGGAGACAACAUAUUUGCUGCAGUCAAAUUAUAUUUGUCAAAAAAGCUAAAGGAAGUGACGGAGAAAAAGAAAAAUUCUGUUUUGAAAGACAUUGAUGAAAAACUGACAAGAACAGCAAAAGAAUUGGGUUAUUCACUGGAGCAGAAAACCAUGAAGAUGAAACAGAGAGAUAAGAAAGUAGUGACCAAGACAUUUCACGGAGCAGGUCUUGUUGUUCCUGUAGACAAAAAUGAUGUUGGGUACAGAGAGCUCCCUGAAACAAAUGCUAAUCUUAAAAGAAUUUGUAAGGCAAUUGUGGAUGCUCCUAGCGAUGAGGCGAGACUGAAAGCCUUUGCUCCCAUUCAGGAAAUGAUCACUUUUGUUCAGUUUGCAAAUGACGAAUGUGACUAUGGAAUGGGAUAUGAACUGGGAAUGGACCUCUUUUGCUUUGGGUCACAUUAUUUCCACAAGGUGGUCGGACAGCUGCUGCCUCUUGCCUACACUCUGCUGAAGAGGAAUUUAUUUGCCGAAAUCAUUGAAUCGCACUUAGCAAACAGAAGUGCAGAGACUCCAGACCAGCUGGCAGCAUGAGCCAGAGAAGGGGCGGCAACCUGUUUCAAGCAUUAAUGGAGUCAAACUUGUUUUCUUGCGCAGAGCCGGUGCAAGCUGUGCUGGUGAUGUGAUGUUGUUUCCUAUGUGUGAUAAAUAAACUGUUUUUUCUAAACGAGUGAGUGCUGUGCCCUGGAAGACCUGCGUAGUCAGGGGAGGGAGAAGAUAGCAUCUCUACUUUGGUCACUUGCCACUUGGCUGGACUAGGAGGUACCACCUGACUGCAUGCCUCAGCAACUCCUACUUCUAUUUCCUCCUGAAGUCAGGAUCGUUUUCAGCCCUGUAGCAAGGACAGGACCCUGCUGAAGGAGGAGAGUUGUGAGUGUGGCAACAUCUAGUGAACAUCUGUCCUGUGGUGUGUGCAGCGCUGACCCAGCCAUGAGAGCCCAGCUGUCUUGCCCCACAACAGGCUGGAUGC